UAGCCAACAUAGCCUUGAGAAGGAAAAAUAGAGCCAGAGACAUUAUGCUGAUUUCCAACUACAUUUGACCCUUGAACAACAUGGUGUGAACUGCAUGGGCCCACCUGUAUGUGGACUUUUUUCACAGUACAACACUGCUGAUCCCUUGAAUUGAGACAUGUGCCACUCAUUACAGGGGUUGGUGUCGUUUGAGGAUGUGGCUGUGAACUUCACCUGGGAGGAGUGGCAGGACCUGGAUGAUGCCCAGCGGACCCUGUACAGGGCUGUGAUGCUGGAGACCUACAGUAGCCUGGUGUCACUGGGGCACUGCAUUACCAAACCUGAGGUGAUCGUCAGGUUGGAGCAAGGAGCAGAGCCAUGGACUGUAGAGGAACCCCUGAAGCAGAGCCUCGCAGAUGUCCAGACCGCAGGUGACCUGAUGGAGACUGGCCAGGAGCAUCAGAACAGACGUUUGUGGCAAGAUGGAUUGGCUAACAAUGAAAUGUCAACUAAGGAGAGAACCAGUUUAGGAAAAACACUUAAUCUGAGUGCAGCCCACAUUUCAGAACUGAUUAGAAAUAAUGGAAGCUAUUCAGGAGAGAAGCCAGAGGGGUUUAACGUGUGUCAGAACAUGUUUCUCCCUGGUGAGCCUGGUGGGAUGCCUGCUGGAGAGAAGGCUGAGGAAUGUAAUACAACUGGGAACCCCCUCAGGUAUGCUAAGUGUCAUCGUUGUCAUCAGAAGAUUCAGACUUUGCAGCAACCUCUUGAAUGUAGUGGGCAAGGGAAAGACUUCAACAAGGAGGCAACAUUCUUUACCUGUAGGAGGGCUCGCAGGGGAGAGACUGCCUGUAGAUAUAACGAAUAUCAGGAAGCCUGUGGUAAGUCAGCUGUCACUGCCCGAGAGAGAAUUCACAUAGGGGAGAAUCACUGUGCAUGUAACGAAUGGGGGAACGCCUUUUGUGAGAAACCAGCACAAUUGAAUCUUGAUCGAGCUGAUUGUGAGGAGCAACACCGUAAACGUGAUCAAAGUGGGGAUAAUUUCAGCAGGAAAUCACACCUCACUCAGCUUUCGAGAACUCAGUUAGAAGAGAAAACUUUUGAAUGUGAUGUAUGUGCUAAAACUUUCUACAAGAAGUCUAAUCUCAGUAAACAUCGGAAAAUACACACGGGAGAGAAACCGUAUAAAUGUAGCGAGUGUGAGAAGACCUUCAUUAGUAAAACAGUUCUUACAGUACAUUGGAGAACUCAUACAGGGGAGAAGCCCUAUGCAUGUGUCGAAUGUGAGAAAUCUUUCUGCCAUAAGUCACACCUAACUGUUCAUCAGAGAAUCCACACAGGGGAGAAACCGUAUGAAUGUUAUGAAUGUGGGAAAUCCUUCUCUGUGAAAACAAAACUCACUGUACAUCUGAGAACGCACACAGGGGAGAAACCCUAUGAAUGUAAUGAAUGUGGAAAAACCUUUUACCAGAAGUCAGCCUUCACUAUACAUCAACGGAUUCACAAUAGGGAGAUACAUCACGAAUGCAACCAUUGUGGUAAAACAUUCCAUAAGAAGUCAGUUCUCACUGCACAUCAGAGAACUCAUACAGGAGAGAGACCUUACGAAUGUAAACAAUGUGGGAAAUCCUUUGGCCAUCGCCCAGCUCUCACUGUUCAUCAGAGAACUCACACAAGGGACAAACCUUAUAAAUGUAAUGUAUGUGGGAAAUCCUUUUGUGUGAAGCCAAAACUCACUGUUCAUCUGAGACUUCACACAGGUGAGAAGCCCUAUGAAUGUAAGGAAUGUGGGAAAACCUUCUACCAAAAGUCAAAACUCACUGUACACCAGCGAACUCACACUGGUGAGAAACCUUAUAAAUGUAAUGAAUGUAGGAAAACCUUUUGUGAGAAGUCAACCCUCAAUAGACAUCAGAGAACUCACACAGGAGAGAAACCUUAUGGAUGUAAAGAAUGUAGGAAAACUUUCUACCAAAAGUCAGCCCUUACUGUUCAUCAGAGAACUCACACAGGAGAGAAACCAUAUGAAUGUAAUGAUUGUGGAAAAACCUUCUGUCAGAAAUCACACCUCAGCAAACAUUUGAGAACUCACACAGGGGAGAAGUCAAAUAUGUCAGAUACUGGCUGUUUGUAUACCAAAACUCACUUUCUUUUUGUGUUAGGCAGUCAGUUAGCUUACAUUUCUCAACCUCCCUUCGUUCUGGAUGGGACCAUGUAACUGAGUUCUGGCCAAGAGAGUAUGAACACAAAUGAUGAACAUUACUUCAAGCCUGGCCACCAAAACAAACAAAAAAUGAAUUUGCUGAUUUUUCUUAUUCCCUGUGCUUCUGAAGUGCAGUUGACACACAGGUUUAUCUUCAGAGCCAUAGAGUGAAGAUUGCAACCAUGACCUCAGGCAGAAAGGAUUGAUUGCGAAGGGCAGAAAUCUUCCCAUGUCAGAGAAUCUUCCCUACCUCAGAAAUCUUCACUUGUACUUUACCUGAGUGAGAAAUACUCACUGUUGAACCCUUCUAUGUAUGACCUAAUGACAGCAGUACCAGUCCAUUGUUGCCAGUUCACUUUACAAAUUUGUGAAUUUCUUGACAGGUGUCUGUUGAAAUUACCAGUCCUUGUGUAGGAAACUCACACAGGAAAGAAACUUUGUUUUCAUCUUUCAUCCCCAGGUCAGUGGAUGGAAAAAUCAAAGAAAUCAUAAGAAGAAUGCAGUAAAUAUAGGAAUACCUUUAUUGGGCAGAGAUAGCUCUUUGAACACUGGGAAUAAAGUAAGAUCUCAUAAAUACC